AUGCUAAGAAUUGAGACACUUGAUUACAGGUUUGGUACCUUUGCAAACAUCACCAUCAGAGCGCUGGGGGACGUGAAAGAGGAGCUCACUGCCUUGAGAAUGAUGGAGUUGCAGGACCGCACUGUGUUGGAUCAACUCACUGCUGCAUCAGGAGGAGUGUGUGCCUUGGUGGGUACAUCUCGCUGUACUUUCAUUCCAGAAAAUGAUGCAGAUGGAGGAAUCAUUCAGCAGGCGAUUGUAAACCUGACCGCACUGAGAAUGGCUGUGGAUGGUGAUCACGUGAAUAAAGGGGACUGGCUGAGCUGGAUGACGUCUGGUCCUUGGUAUCAUAUCCUUUUGAAAUUCCUGACACUAGUUGCUUCUAUGGAGAGAGAGACAGGCAAGAUGGCGCCUGUGACUGGCAGUGCCAUGGCGCGUCUCCUGCUGAAUAGUUUUAUAUUGGCUAUCUUUACAGCAUUUGUGAUCAUAUCAGCCCGUAUAUCAAAUGGAUGUGUCUCAGCUAUACGGAUCUAUGAUCGGGACUCUCUGUUCCGUAUUAAAGAGUCAAUGGAGGGCCUGUUUAAUACAUGGGGCAAGUACAAACAAACGUUUCCCCCUCCUUUUAUCAUCGACUCGGAUUCACCUGAGUACCUGCUGCUUUGUCUGGAACCGGGAAAAGUCCGCAGGUGA